AUGGAGCGCGGGACGCUGGACAGCGUCGAGUCCUUUUCUUCUUCUCCCUCCUCGUCCUUCUCCUCAGAGCCGACAGGUAGCCCUCCGCUCGCGCCGUUCCUUUCCGCCGGGCUCGUUGAGGGCGAAGCCGCGGCUGAGGCCGGCGAGCAGAGUUCAGUGGCGGGACAAGAGGCUGAGGCGGGAGACAAAGAAAACAAAGUCUUCGUGCGCGAAGAGGAGAGCGACCGGCCGCCGAAGCGAUGGCGCGGCGUUCUGGGCUCUGAGGAGCUCCUCACCGAGCGCGACCAGAAAGUGCUCAGCAGCCUCGAGGAGAAGGAGCCGGCGAUUCUCGAUGAAGUGACCCGCUACUGGCUGCAUGCCGUCGGAUGCGCCGCGACCGAUCGAACUGUCGCCCGGUUGGUUUCCGUCGCGGUACAAUUGGCGGCUGAGCGCGUGAUUGACGACGCAAAACUUCUCUACUUUUGCCGCCGCGCCACAGAAGAAAAAUCAAAGGAAGCGCCCACCAGCAGAGAGCGACUCGCGCGGCCGAGAGGUGCGCCCGGCGCGUCCGCUAAUGCGUUCGCGAACGGCAAGACUCCGAUGGAUUACCGGGAGCUCGACUUGGAGAGCUUCUGUGCGGCCUUUCGCAAGAACGGCGACAGCCUCGUGGGUCACAAUCUCGAUCUUUUUCUUGACGCGUCGCCUUCUCCGCUUCCCGGGGCUCUCGCGUCCUCUCUUUCUUCCUCGCUGCCGACUUCCUCUUCGUCUGCUUCUUCUCUCUCCAUCCCUCCUGCUUAG